CCCAACUGUACGCAUCAUUAAAACCGUCUCGUCGCAAGGGAUGGCAGCCCGAUCCCUUACAUUCCGUUGACGUCGUACAGAGGAGGCACACGUGGGACGGUAGAGAUUCGAUCCCGCGUGAAUUCCCGAGCGAAGGGAGCCCUGAGUCAAGAAAGUCAAGCAAGUCAAGACCCCGGACGGGUUCGGCAGAGCGGGAGGAGUGUAACGAUCGCAAUCGACAGAGCGAAUGUAACCGAGAUGAGAAGUUAAGUUCGGAUGGAGCUCAUCAUGUUGACUUUACCCGAUGCAGUAAUAGAAGCUAUUUCCACCGGAAGAGGUUUAGACUGGAGGUUUUCGUUUCGGUAUGAUAUCAUGUGUCGGGAGGGGUAAUUGUCUCCCGCGCAACCUACCACAGCCAAAUCCCUUCUACUCGCUGCUUCGGGUCUCGAGCUACCUGGUUACAUUCUGUUUGUUGAGUCGGUCAGCUUUUACGGUAUUGUCUUGAGCUUGGACUCUGUUUUUAAUUUUUAUUUUAUUUAUUUUGAAUUUUGGGUUUUGCCGUGCGACUCCCCCCCUUGCGUGAUUUUAUCAUGGCUGCGAAACUUACCAUUACGGAUUUGGUACCCCUCCCUAAGUCGGAGGUGAAGAUCCCGCGCCUUGGGUUCGGUGUUUAUCGCUCGCCGCCGACUCAGUGUGUGCAGUCGACUUUGAAUGCUUUAAAGGCGGGUUAUCGCCAUGUUGAUACGGCUCAGUUUUACGCGAAUGAGAAGGAGGUCGGCGAUGCGAUUCGCGACUCGGGCAUCCCGCGCAGCGACAUUUUCGUGACUACUAAGAUCCUUGUCCCCGGUGGCUCGCCUGAAGCGACCUAUAGUAAGCUGCUGGCCAGCGUGGAGAAGAUAGGGGGUCCGGAUGGAUACGUAGAUUUGUUUCUGAUUCACAGCGCCAACUCGGGCGCGUCGGGGCGGAAGGAGAUGUGGCAGGCUCUGGAGAGACUCCUUGAGGAAGGGAAGACAAAGAGCAUUGGUGUUAGCAACUGGGGCGUGAAGCACAUUGAGGAGAUAAAGUCAUAUGCGAAGGUUUGGCCGCCGCAUGUGAACCAGAUUGAGCUCCAUCCCUGGUGUCAACAGCGGGUUGUCGAUGCGUAUUGUAAGAAGCAUGGCAUCAUUGUUGAGGCUUACUCUCCAAUUGUGCGCAACUAUAAAGCCAACGAUCCUACGCUUGUCGACCUGGCGAAGAAAUAUGGAAAGACAACCCAGCAGAUCUUGGUACGCUACGCUCUACAAAAGGAAUGGGUACCGCUGCCCAAGUCCGAUAACCCUGAUCGGAUUGUGGCCAAUGCCCAUGUAUUUGACUUUGAAAUCAGCGAGGAGGAUAUGGCUGUGUUGAAUGCCCUGGAUCAGGGAAGCGCUGGAGCUAUUGUGGAGGCCGUUGAAAACGAAUAGAUCCACGCUAUGACGUGUGAUGAAUAAAGGUGCAC